GCAGAAUUUGAAUUGCAUUAUCAAGCCUCCGUGGCUCGCUGCCCUUGCGUGAGACGGCAGUGGAAGAUGGGCCCACCUGUCCCCGCCAACUGCUUGGCGCGUAGAAACUUACUGACUCAUAGCUAUUUUGGCAGAGGAUGCCAGCAAAUGCCCACGCGCCUGCGAACAAUGGUACGGGCACGCCCCAGCCAACCAACGCCGGCUCCUGAGGGGCCGUCCCUCGACAGCAUCCGACUCCGCCCCGGAGCACAGAGGGAUGCAAACUCCAUUGUUUCAUUUGUGCUGUCCGAGAAGAUCAACCCCUUGGGGUUAGACCCGUUUCGCUUUACAAUUGCAGAAGCGCCAGGAGCUGAGGGCAUCGUAGGUAUUGUGCAGACUGUACCGCUAGCUGCGCCUGGCUCCGCAGAGCUUCGCACGCUGGUGGUCCGGCCCUCGUUCAGGGGACGAGGCCUGGGGAGCCGGCUGGUGUCCACACAGCUGGAGGGCCUGGCACCCGGCACGGCGGUGUACCUCACAACCAUCGAGUCGCGUCUGCGCUUCUACAAGCGGCUGGGAUUCAAACGGCUGCUGCUGGAGGAAGCGCCCAGCGACAUGCGUUUCGAGGUGGCAGCGGGGCUGGUGGCGGCCCGGCUGCUGGCGGGCCAGCAGCUGGUGGUGAUGUGCUGUGUGGUGCAACGUUAAUGGGGAGUGGAUGCUUAAACAUGGCGGCUGGCAACACCACUGGGCCGCCGCAGGCAUAGUUUGGAAAGCAUGAAUGCCAGGAUAAGGCAGCCGUAAGGUUUGGGGCGUGGCAGGGGUGCCAAUGUGCCGCACGAGACGCAGGCUUGCCCUUAACCCAGAACAUAAACCAACAUGAAUGUCUGUUUGGUCCCAGGCACAGUCCGUGGUUGCAAUGGCGUGGCCGCCAUUCCAAGCUACCAGUGUGGGCUGCGUUCACUGCAACGUGUCUAAUCAAGUUCAUGCAUCGAUACAGUUGGUUACAAUGGCUUUGUGCUGCGCCAUGUAGCCAUGACUCGGGCUGCGAUUUGUUUGGUUGAUUACUUGUGUCAGAAGGCAGUAGGAGCCCAUACGUGACGGAUACUGGCAGGGGCAGUGAUCCCCGUAGCAGCGACACUACGGUAGACACAGCAUGCAGACAGCACUCUAUACGUGCAGCAUGGGCUACCAGCACGAUGCAAGCCUGGACCGACGCAGUCGUUCCUCCUAUAGUGUGUAGCGCGUUCCUCCCCUGCUC